AUGCUCCGCACGGCCGUCUCUACCACGCGAAAGUCUCUGCCGCGCGCUGCGGCGAACGUAGUCCGCACUCGCAUGCCGGCCUUGAUUGCGAUCCGCUCGGCCGCGCGUUGGAACUCGACGCUCACGCCUGAGCAGCGCAAAGCAGCCUUGAAAGAGCGUGACAACCUCGACCGCGACUGGAUCGCACCGAAACUAAGCUACGAGGACGUGAAGAAGCGCUCUGAGCAGCCGAGCCCUGAAGCGUUUCUCAUAGACGUCCGCGAACCGGACGAAGUGAUCCAAGGCUCUAUCCCGUCGUCUGUGAAUCUCCCGCUGUCACAAAUGCCUGGAGCUUGGUCUGUGCCCGCAGAGGAAUGGCAACCACGCUUCGGAUGGCCAAAGCCCAAGCGCGACCAGGAAAUAGUAUUUUACUGCCGUAGUGGUAAACGCAGCGCGAGUGCAAGCGACAUUGCACGGAGGAAUGGCUACACAAACAUCUACAAUUAUGAGGGAUCGUGGUUGGACUGGGUGUCGAAGGAGGGCAAAAACCAGUAG